AUGCAAUCAUUAUUCAUUCAAAAUGGAAAGGAAACACCUGAACCUGUGAAAGCUCAAAUAAAAGGUCACAUGCCAACAUGGCUUCAGGGCACGCUGAUGAGGAACGGGCCUGCUCUGUUUACUGUGGGUGACUCUGAGUACAAUCACUGGUUCGAUGGGAUGUCCCUCAUUCACAGCUUCACUUUUAAAGACGGUGAUGUGUUUUACAGGAGUAAAUUCCUGAAAAGCCACACUUAUAAGAAAAACAUGAAGGCGGGUAGAAUCGUUGUCUCCGAGUUUGGCACCAUGGUCUAUCCUGACCCCUGCAAAAACAUCUUUUCCAGGGCAUUCACACAUCUCAGCAAUGUCAUUCCCGACUUUACCGACAACAACAUGAUUAACGUCAUCCGCUACGGUCAAGACUACUACGCCUCUUCCGAGAUCAACUAUAUGACCCAAAUUGAUCCUGCUACUUUGGACACCAUCGGAAGGAUCAACUACAGGAAUCAUAUUACCAUCAACUUGGCGACAGCUCAUCCUCACUAUGAUGAUGAAGGCAACACAUACAACAUGGGCACCGCCAUUGUCGGCCUUGGUCCGCCAAAGUAUGUCAUCUUUAAAGUCCCAGCUCAUGUUGCAGAAGGUUCUGAGCAGAACAAACCCGCCCUCCAGCAGGUACAGCAAGUCUGCUCACUUCCUUUUCGCUCUACACUGUACCCGAGCUACUUCCACAGCUUUGGCAUGACCGAGAACUUCAUCGUAUUUGUGGAGCAACCAUUCAAAGUGGAUAUCGUCAAACUAGCGACUGCCUACUUUCGCGGCAUCAAUUGGGGAAGCUGCCUCAAGUUCGACAAGGACGACACUACCUUUUUUCACCUAUUCAACCGCAAGACGGGCAAAAGGGUUUCCACUUGUUUCUAUGGUGACGCUCUAGUAGUCUUUCAUCACAUUAAUGCCUACGAGACCGAGGACCACGUAGUGUUCGACCUGAUUGCCUAUACAGACAGCAAUCUUUACGACAUGUUCUACUUGAAGAACUUAAGGCUGGACACUAAGAGCUUCAUUGAGGCCAAUGCCAACUCCUCGCCCCCAGUCAGCCAGCGCUUUGUCCUGCCGCUACAUGUCAACAAGGACUCAGCAAAAGAAACCAACCUAGUGACUCUGGCAGACACGACUGCCACCGCAGUCAUGAAGGACAAUAGUCAAGUCUACUGCCAGCCAGAAACGCUGUUCCAAGGGCUGGAGUUGCCCAACAUCAACUACAAGUUCAACGGCAAGAAGUACAGAUACUUCUAUGGCUCCAAAGUGGACUGGUCACCACAACCAAACAAGAUCAUCAAGUUUGACACUGUAACCAAGACCCACAUGGAAUGGCAUCAGGACAACUGCUACCCAUCAGAACCCGUGUUUGUUGCAUCACCCGGAGCCGUGGAUGAAGACGACGGUGUUAUCUUGUCAUCAGUCAUCUGUCCCGACCCGAACACUAGGCCAUUCAUGCUUGUUCUCGAUGCCAAGACAUUGGCAGAGCUGGCACGAGCAGACAUUCCUGCCAGCGUUCAUUUGGACCUUCAUGGACUUUUUAUUCCCAGCGCCAACUGACAGGGAAACUACCAAAGUACAAAAUUUGUACUCUGCACUAAGAGGACUGGCAGUGAAUGAUCACUGCCAGUCCUCCAACUUCAAAUGGAGUCGAAGUCUAUUACUGACAAUGGCAGUUAAUGAGUUAAUAUGGCAUUUCUACAAUUAGAAUUGAACAGAAUAGGUAAUCAAUAAUCCCCAAGCGUGGUGGCAGAGCCACAAUGUUGGACAAUAUUACCCUCUGCUGGUGACCAAAAUAAAUGUCACACCUGCUCUCAGGUUGCAGAGUAGUGAAUGUCAUGUGACCAAAUGUGGGAAACCGGGUUAUUGGACUUCAUGUGUAACCUUGACAGAUUGGACUCGCACCCUAAAUAACGGUUUGUUAUUCAUGAUGGAAGUAGUGAAUGACGUGCGAUGGAUUAUUCGUUCAGUAUUUCUGGAGGGGAAAAAACUAUAAAUGAAAUAUCCUCUUAGAUUAAAAUGGUAAAUAUUAAAUUGGUUGAAAUUCAUUUAACUUUAAUCAUAAUAAACACCUACAAUGCUCCAAAUUUACCUGAAGUAUCUGAAAACUGCCUUUGAACGUAUACGUUUUGCCAGCUACUUCGACCUACAGUUCUGUACUUAUUCUUUUUUUCAAGUUGAAAAAUGUCUUAAUUUUAAGCCUUUUAUAUAGGGCAAGUAACUAUUGAGAGUAAUUAAAAAAGCUGUAAUUACAUCACCACAUAAAGACAUGGGCAUCCCAAUACAGUAUGUGGACAUGACAUUUUGCAUCACUUAGGCCACAAUAUUGACAUUUGGUAUGCGUGUGGCCAACAAAAUGUCACACCCACAUACGUGGACGCCAAGUGAUUGUCAUCAAUGUCAAACUCUGUGCCGAGGGCCGACCACAGCGGACCAGGUCCGCCCACCGAAUUGCUUGUGCGGCCCCACUCAACGCAAUGAUUGCAUGGUUGAAUUUUUCUUUUUUCAAUUAAAACUUAAUUUUGUGGUUAAAAAUACUUAUGCAGGUUACAUACAAUGAAAAACAAACAAAUAUAUAUAUGGCGGAUAACACUCAGGUGAUUUAAAGUUCCGCUCUGAAACCCUCAAUUUGGCCAAAUUUCAAAGUUGUCCGAUAUGCACAUGUGAUAGAUACAUCAUUGGAAAGCUUAAAAUCUUAAUUUUCUGGGGGAAGAAAAAUUUUGAACAAGAGGGCAUUUUUAGGAAAAAAUAAAAAUUAAACAGCGAAACCUUAUUUGGAGGUGAGAGCACACGAGAGCAGAAUUAAAGACGCCACGACUUUAACGAGAUAUUAUCGCCUACUUACCUUGUUUCGUUCCAAAAACUCCAUGUAGCAUGUAUUACUGAGUGUCAAGAAACAGCUGUGAAUGGCCACAGUUGGAUUUUGGGGGGAUUUUAUGGGUGAAACAUGGUAAUAUAACAAGGGUAGCGAUGCAGAAAUCACAGACAUCAAGGAGUGGUCAAGUUUUGUUUUACAUAUAUUUACCCUUUUAAACAUUUUUUUCAUUUUUUCUUUGUUUGGAUCGAUUAUUUAUCAUCUAACAUAUCGGAGAAAAUGCAACAGUAACAAAAAAAAUACUAUUAAGCGAUAGCUAUGAGGUAGAUAUCCGUGACUUUUUACAGACACCAUUUUUUUGCAUUGUGACUAAAUUUUUAAAAAAGUUUAAAAUAUGCGAGUGAAUAAUUUUUAAAAGUUUUUUUUAAAAAAUGAAA